AUGCCGUCAUCAACCGCCUCCCCUUCGCCGACUAAGCUUGGGGGCUUCUCGUCACAGCGCUCCAAUACAGGCGGGUCGGUAUCGCCCACCAAACCUUCAUCUGCUGCCGCCUCGCGUGCUGGUACACCCAUCGGCGGCAACGGCUUCCCCCCGCCGCCCUCCAAGCCCUCAACCUCUGCAGCUCCCAUGCGCCAGAUCCCACCAGGCUGCCAGCAUAUCAGCUCGCUACUCCACCUCGGCGCCGCCACAUCUUCAUCCAAGGGCUCCUCUCCUCCCAAAAUCAAAUCCGAAGACGGCGAUGACACGCGAACCAGCAGCUUCGACGCACUUCCUGCCUCCACGAAAUCGUACUUGAAGCGCUACAUUGCCGGGUUGCGAUGGGGUGCUCAAAUAAGAACGGGGUACGUCAAGAUGAUGGAUGACGAGGAAAAGGAAGCCGAGCUGGCCAAAUGGAACCAUGAGGCGGCCAACGCCAGCAAGCAGGGCAAACAGCUCAAGAAGCGGCGAAAGCUCGACUACCCACAAUGCCACACGUGCCAGGCCGACAUGCUGCGACCGUUCAUCUGCUUAGAGUGCGCAUUCACCGGCUGCUUCUCUCCACCCAUCGAUGACGAUCCGACCUCGGUGACGCGCACUGCCGCAGACAGCCACAUGAUCCAGCACCUCCGCACCAAGAAGCACGCACUCGCCUUUGAUCUCAUGUACGGCCAUGUCUACUGCGCCGACUGCAACGACUUUAUCCAAGACCCUCUGCUGCAGUCGAUCCAGCGCCACGAAACGUGCCGUGUCAACCAGAGCGUCGUUGGUCAGCAGUAUGGGCCUUCAAAGACGACCGUCGAUGCGCUGUUUCCUCCAUCGUCUUCGUCAGACGCAGCAGCAGCGAUGGCUAAAUUCUACGAGACAGAUACGUCGAGCGUCACAUGCCGAGUACCGAGAGGAUUGCGAAACAUGGGCGCAACGUGCUACAUGAACGUCAUCAUUCAGGCCUUCUUGCACAAUCCACUGCUCCGCAACUACUUCUUGUCGGAUCGCCACAACCCGUCGCUGUGCAAUGGUGUCAAGACGUGCCUGGCGUGCGAGAUGGACAAGAUCUUCUCCGAGUUCUACUCGUCCGAUCCGGGCGCGCUCGCUGGAGGCGCUUCCUCAGGUGCAUCGUCAACGACCUUGGCAGCAGCACCUGGUGCGAUUGUGGCCACACCCGGGGCUGCAGGGAGCGAGAACGGCGGCAGUGGUCCAGCAGCAAAGGGCCCACAUGGACCCACGUCGUUCCUGUACUGCAUCUGGGUCGAUCAGGCGAGCAGCGAGCUAGGCCAGGCGGGGCAGCACGAUGCGCACGAGCUCUUCAUCUCGGCGCUCAACUCAAUCCACACAGCGCUCACCAGUCGCGCACUCGAACGCUCGUCGCUGCCGUCGUUUGCGUACGACCACGCCGAUGCGACAAAUCUGCUCUUCGACCACUUUGAAGGCGGUGGCGGUGGCUCGGGCAGUCAGUCGGAAGACGAAGGUGUGGGCGGUGGCGGUGGUGCAGGCAACGGUACGCCGAUGGGUCUGGGUGGCGGACCUGGUGGCGGCGUGGCAGGAUGCCCCUGUGUAGUGCACCGGACGUUUGCCGGGCAGCUGCAGUCGGACGUUACGUGCCAGAGGUGCGGCAAGGUCAACACGACCCGAGACCCUAUGCUCGAUCUGAGUCUGGAUGUGCGGCCGGAGUCGAUGCGGCGCAAGGACCUGAACGGCAUUCACGCCAAGGCGAAGCUGGCCAACGACAAGCCGGCGGGGCUGAAUGGCAGCGGUGGGGUCAAUGGUGGCGCGGGGGAGGGGGAGGAGGAGCAGCAUCUGACCAUCUGUCUGCAGCGGUAUUGCUCAGAGGAGAAGCUGGGCAACAACGACUAUGCGUGCACGUCGUGUGGCGGUAGUGCGUCGGCAACCAAGCAGCUGAGUCUGUACAGGCUGCCACCGGUGCUGUGCAUCCAGCUGAAGCGGUUCGAGCAUACAUCGUCGGCGGCGAAGAUCGAUACCAAGGUGCGCUUCCCCGUGGUGCUGGAUGUGCGGCAGUUUUCGACGGCUGAGAUCCGGGCGCCGGACGGCGAGAACGCUGCCGUCAAAACCACAUCGAGCAAGGAUAGCGGCCUCCGGGCCAACCCUGAUCCCGAAGCAUACUUGUACGACCUGUUUACAGUCGUCGUCCACGAAGGCUCGAUGAACACGGGUCACUAUACGAACUUUUGCAAGUGGCGCGGCAGCUGGUACCGCUUCGACGACGAUAAGGUGCAUCCGACCAGCGAGGCGCACGUGCUGCAGGCGCGAGCGUAUCAGCUGUGCUACCGCAGAAGGCUGCUCAAGAACGUGGUUAGCUCGCAGCCGGCGAGAUCUUAG